AUGUUCCAAAAGUCUCUGAUUGUAUUGGCUAUUUCUCUCUUCUGUCUUGCUUCAUCUCAAAUUGUGUACACUCCAGAAGUCGUUUCAUCUCCAUAUUACUAUCCAUCUGCAGCUGCCUAUCCAUAUUCUUAUACUUAUUCAUCUCCGGCUGUUGCUUAUCCAAAUGCUUUCUAUGGAUGGGGAUCAAAUAAGGGACAACAAUCUCCUCCUGCUGCUCCAACUCAGAAGCUGACAAAUAAUCAAUGA